GCGUUUCCACGAUCGGAUUUAAUUAGAUUAGGUUGCAAUUAGCCGGCGCUGUGUUUGUUGUGCAUUAAAUCAUCUCGUGUUGUUGUUAUUUGCGGCAAUAAUAGUGCGAGUUGGGGAUUUUCGCGGCGCUUAGUCACGUUGGUACUGACAGUUUUUAUAGUUUUUGUCAUUUGUCAAACAAAACAUAUUAAAGUUUAUUAGAAUUUUUCCAACAAUCCUCUGUAAUUAAUUUUUUUCGUUGCUGAAGUACCGAAGAUUCGUUCGUUUCGCAUAUUUUUUGUACAGCAGGUGUGGCUUGAGUGCAUUUAUGUUGAGAUUUUUUCGUGUCAUAACCUUAUAUGACCUGUCAAGUAAACUUUUACUAAAUAAGCUGAUUAUGUUGUGAUGCGAUGCCCGUGGGGGCUUUUGCGUGCUAGUUGGGCGAGUUACAUGGGAAAACAUUGAUGUAGUUACAAUGGUAGUAAAAUGUAUAUAACUAGCUGUUAUUUCACUUAAAAACCGUAAGAUGUUCAAUUCAGGGAUUAAAGGAAAUCAAAGGUGUAACGGGUUAGUUCCGCCAACUAGGACUGUAAAUUACAAUAAAUUAGUCAAGUCGCUAGGGACUAAAGACACGUACAAUAAUGACAAAAAAUUGGAACCAACUUUUAGAAACAUGGGAUUCCCCCAUUCCGACCUUGAUACCAAGGUGAAAAUCGAAUUCGACGAGGAGGAAAUCGAAGCUAAAGUUAUUAGUCCCAGUAUUAUAGGUUUAAGUGAUGAUAAAACGCACAAAUCGCCUCCGGUGAAGCCCCGACUCAAGUCCGGCAGUCGUGCCACCCACCACGAGACCCUCCAGCGGAUAGAUGACAUCCGGGACUUUUACAACCACUACCAGCACCACUGGUUCAGUCCGAGUCUUGAAAAAUUCAAACUGGAGGACCGCUCUCGCGAGGAGCGGAUCGAAAUCACCCGGCACGAAUUCCUGCGUCAUUUGCAGCAGAUCGUGCGGAGCAACGUCGGCAAGCCCCAUGAGCCCCACUCGGGGCCUGCCGCGCCCCCGAAGGUCCACCGGCACCCGCACCAAGCGGGCUAUGACCGGCUCGUGGCACCCUUGAUUUGUCAAGUGGAGAAUUGUUUCCAUGCGGCGUUGCCAUGCACGCGUCAUUGCACGCUGCAUAUUAUGUUGAAUAGUGAGCAAGUUUUGUUUGGUUAUUGUACGGCCAAGUUUGCCGAUAAUACGCAGUGUUCUGUACCUGUUUUUGAUAUAACGCACGAGUUGCCACUGUGUCCCGAACAUGCCCGAAAAAGGGAUAAUUAUAAACUGUAUCAAGAAGCGAAACCAAAGAAACUAAGGAAGAAGGUUAAACCGUCGGCGAUGAUUCGGCCGCAAAAACGCAAUAAAAAGAAAAAGAAACCGAACAAAACACCAGAAACAACGACACCAAGUGCAAUAAUUAAUAUUCCGGGCGAUGUGGGCGAAAUCGUGCACGCAGCCUCGCCCGAGCUCGAGGAAGACAUGCACAUGGUCGACCAAGUCCUGGGCUUGAACGAAUCGGACGCGCUCGAGCAAGUCCUAGAGACACAAGCCUCCCACUUGCUCGAAGAGACCGACAUCAGCACGGUGCUGAGUACGAUCCAGGUGGACGAAUUCAGCGACUUUUUCGCAGUGAACCGGAACGGGGAGUACGAGCCGUCGCGCGAGGAGGCCGAGGAGCUGGAGAAGGCGCUCGCGGCCGUGGACAACGACGUCAAGUCGCUGGAGAAGCUGAGCCAGUCGCAGGGCUUGCUGGACUCGCUGCUGGACGAGCACACGUUGGCCGAGUCGCUCGUCCAGAUCCCCGAUGUUUUUCACAACGGCUAUGCGCCCUGUGGUGAUAGUAUGGUAGCACAAACGUCGUCCUUUCUCUUGCCGGUUGAGCCACAAUCUCAUUCUUAAUAGAUGAUUUUCAAGGGAUUUUUUCACCUCGACAGUACAAGCUAUUUUAGGGUGACGGCUGGUCGGUGUGUGGUGGGCGAGUUGAAGACUGAGGCCAGUUGUUACGAGUGCAAUGCAGGCUAACGGUUUUUCAGAUUGUCUUGGAUUUUCUCCUAAUUGUAUAGUAGUGUCAAUGGACUUUUGUUCGAUUCAAUCAAAAUGUUAUUUAUUUUUUAUUUAUUCAUACCCCCACGAAAUUUGGUACUAUUUAUAUUAUUUUUUAUACACGUUUAUUUGUAUUUCUUGUGUUAGGUGAUCACGCGUCGGACGAAUUGUCAAACUGGAGGUGUUUUUCAAAUCAUUUUGUACAAUAAUUUUAGAUAGUAUUUUGUAGAACAAUGUUGUGAAUAAAAAUUCAUCUUGUAAAAAACGAUUGGAUUUAUAUUUUGUAUUGAGGAAUCUUCCACGCCGCAAUAAGGUUGACAAAGGCCUUUUCGUUUCAAACAAACAAAAAACCGAUUUGUAACCGCUACAACCAUUUACUAAGUGUACGUGUAGUUUCUUAAGUUGUUUAUGUAACAAACUCAACUGUACAUACUAGGAUAAACAAAUGUUAAUAAAAAAAUACAACCAA